UGCAUUUCUGCAAAAAUUUGCCGGAGAUACCUCCCCAACUUCCUUGCUAAGUUAAUUUUAUCUAAGCAACAGCGUCUUGUGAAUUGUGAGUUGUGUUUCUAGCUGUUUCCGGGCAGUAUCGGGCGAGUAGCGAAGAUGGCGGACGAAAACGAAAACUCUUGUGAUAAGUUUGACGAUGUGAAGCUGGACAAAAUGUUCACGCUGAAAAAGUGGAACGCCGUCGCGAUGUGGAGCUGGGACGUGGAGUGCGAUACUUGUGCAAUUUGCCGUGUUCAAGUCAUGGAUGCAUGUCUGCGCUGCCAGGCGGAAAGUAAAAAGGAUACGCUCGGCCGACAGGACUGCGUGGUGGUAUGGGGCGAAUGCAACCAUUCCUUUCACCAUUGCUGCAUGUCGCUGUGGAUCAAGCAGAACAACCGGUGCCCGUUGUGCCAACAGGAAUGGUCCAUCCAGCGGAUGGGCAAAUGAUGCGGAUCCACCCUUCCACGGCACG